ACAGACUAAAACUGCAGACAGGGUUAUAUUAGAACAAAAGUUAAGAAAUCCAGUGUAUAGGGAAAGCAGGGAAAAUAGAUGGUUGGAGUGGCAAAUAUAUACCCUCACUAAUUUAUAUGAUACAAACAUAUUAUUUUUGUUCAAACAGCAUAAGUGAACUGACUGACCAGAAGCAAAGCUUGGCAUUUUGGAGGAAGAAUUUAUUGCAUAUUAUUGGUACAGGGAUUGUUGCCAGCACAGAAACAACCUUGAGAAAUGUACUCCAGAUAUUUUUGCUUGUUCGGCAUGUGGCUUUUUCUUCCAACUCAAAGAAGGUGCACGCUGGGUCAAAAGACUGACGGUGACUUGCACAGCAGUGACACAACAUCCCUCCCUGGCUUUGAGAACCUCACAAUGGGAUACAACAAAUAUCUCAGGCCAUACUUUGGUGGAGACCCUGUUCAAAUAGCAAUGAGCCUGGACGUUGCAAGUAUUUCUAGUAUUUCAGAGAGUGACAUGGACUACACUGCUACAAUAUACCUGCGGCAGCGAUGGACAGAUCCCCGCCUAGUUUUUCACGGCAACAAGAGCUUCACUCUGGAUGCCCGUCUGGUGGAAUUCCUCUGGGUACCUGACACAUAUAUAGUGGAGUCCAAAAGGUCUUUUCUGCAUGAUGUAACAGUGGGGAAUCGCCUGAUAAGAUUAUUCUCUAAUGGCACUGUCCUGUAUGCCUUAAGAAUCACAACUACUGUUGCAUGUAACAUGGACCUGUCAAAAUACCCCAUGGACACUCAGAUGUGUAAACUGCAGCUGGAAAGCUGGGGAUAUGAUGGAAAUGAUGUAGUGUUCACUUGGCUGAGGGGAAAUGAUUCAGUCCGAGGCCUGGAAAAUCUCCGUCUGUCUCAGUACACUGUGGAACGUUAUUAUACCCUAGUCACAAGGUCCCAGCAGGAAACAGGCAAUUACCCAAGACUGAUUCUGCACUUUGAACUGCGAAGAAAUGUCCUUUACUUCAUUUUGGAGACCUACGUCCCUUCUACUCUGCUUGUCAUCUUGUCCUGGGUGUCUUUUUGGAUCAGCCUGGAUUCAGUUCCUGCAAGAACCUGCAUUGGAGUGACAACUGUGCUGUCGAUGACAACUCUGAUGAUUGGCUCUCGGACCUCACUAUCUAAAACUAACUGUUUCAUAAAAGCCAUUGACGUUUACCUUGGUAUCUGCUUCAGUUUUGUUUUUGGUGCCCUGGUGGAAUAUGCUGUUGCUCACUACAGUUCAUCACAAAAAUGUGCAACACAAGAACCUCAACAGGGAUCUACAAAGGAGUAUUGCAAAGAAACUGAAGAUGUUAACAUCAUUGACAUCCUCAACAGCUCUGACUCCAACUAUAAGCGGAGCAUAAGUUUUACUAGCAUUGAGAUCUCCAGUGAUAAUGUCAACUAUGGUGAUCUAACCAGGAAGACCCAUGACAAGAUUAAGUUUGCUUUGAGGAACAAAAUGCACAGGAUCAUCAACUAUUUCACUAUUCAGAAUCCCAGCAAUGUUGAUCAUUACUCAAAAUUGUUCUUCCCUUUAUUUUUCAUGCUGGUCAAUGUGUUUUAUUGGGCUUAUUAUCUUUACUUUUAAAAAAAUGUCAUUUUUUGUUCUGACACUGCAAAGAUGUAGGAAUCCUGUUAUUGCUACAGUGUACCUAUGCAUUAACCUCACUGAAGUGAACACAAAACAAAAUGUUUUGUGGUGUUGCCUGUAUUGCUAAAAAGAAGCAUGAUAACAUGUGUGGUUACUAUUCAUUACUGUACAGAAAUAUCAGUACUUCAUCAUUUGUGGCUGCUACUCUGGUCUCCCCAUCACAGUUUUAUCAAGUCUCUGUGCUGGGGCCCAGUGCUACAAAUGUACUUUCCAAUGCAGCGCAUCCCAGUGCCCAUGAUCUAAUCUGUGUGGAAGCUUAAGCAAGAGAGCUGAAGUACUAGGAUGAUGACAAACCAUGACAGUUACUGGAAAAGUUUGAGAUCAGCUUUAUCGAAAUGCCUAAUUUAGAUCCUCAAGAGCAUUUUAGAUUUUAUUUUUAUUUUGUGUUUCCAAGAAAAAAAAGUAAUAGGGGAACUGUCACUGCUGCCUCAAUAGCUCUUUCUGUUCAAGCAACAAAAAGUAAAGGAGCAUUAGUGAGAUGAUUAUAGAAAGAAGCAGGUCUGUCAUACUGACUUUCCUUAUUUAAGGGUGCAAGGCUGUGCUAGAGCACUGAGCUCCUGCAGGUUGAGACAAACAUACCUUUAUUCCUUGCUGCCCCUUAAUUAAUCCCAGUCUUAUCCCUGAAGGAAAACAAAGCAUUUCACAAGUCAAAGACCAAUGCAUGUUCCUUAGCACUUCAGAAAUGAGGAAUGCCAUGUAGCAAAUGCAUGUCUUUGCUUUGUAACCAACAUUUUUGCCCUGCUCCUUGGGCAUGUCUACAUGUGCCCCCUACAGCACAGUUAUUACUGCACCUCAUUGAUACAGCAACGUAGCAUUGGCCAGCCCAAACUGUGAUGCCAACACUAUGUCACCAUAGCAACGAGAUACGUCACUAGCACAUCGCUAUAGCGACAGAGUUCUGUGUAAAUGCGCCUCUUGGGUUUCAUUUCAAUACAGGUCUGCUGUGGUCUAGUGUGAGUCAGUGACUUUCCUCUCUAAACAACCCUAUUCAUCCCACAGAGCAGCCCUGCUUCAGCUUUUGCUGCCCCCAGACAAUCCCUGCCUUACAAAUUGUAUACAAGGGCAUCCAGCUCAUCCCAUCUCCCAGCUAUGCUGACUCAGGUCUGGGGUGGCCAGGUCCAGGCCCACACAGCAGGAGCUUCCACUCCCACAUUCUCCACCCCUUGCAGCCCAGCAGCCACUGAGAGGCACAGGCAGGACCGUGCAACUGUGAGCCGCACAGCUGGCAGUAGCAGCUGGGCAUGGAGGGGGGUGGGGAGCAGAGGCCCCCACAAAGUGAGCCCAGGCAUGGCCCCAGUCCCAGAGCCCUCAAACCCAAGCCAGCACAACUGGGGGUGGUGGGGGGGCACUCUCCUGCCCUGCUGCUGCUGACCACCAACUCAGCUAAGCUUGGCCUUCUCUGGCAGCCUGCUGGGAGGUGUGCAAGAGUGCCCCUAACCUGCCAGCCUUGACUAGUGCAGGCAGCCUCACCCCCAAAUGGCAAAUGUGUGUUGUGUUUGCUCCCAACCUAACCUAGGGCAUUUAGAGCAAAGCACAAAACUUAGAUCACUUCUGCCUUGGGCUUUUUGAACAUCUGUACCUAGCCUAAAAUUGGACCCUACACAUCCUGCCCCCCCCACCAAUAUGUGUGCACCAGUCUAUUUGGGCAAGUCUAUCUUGUACAUGCCCCCUGUAACCUGGAUGUACGUACCAAGAUGAGAUUGUACCUGAGCAGUUUGUGCAUGCUGACACCACUCAUCUGCACUAAAAUGUGCUCUUCAUGCAAUAACGUAUACCUAUGACAAAUUGCUUACACAUACAAACUGAAAAGAUGGGGAAUAAAGAAAGAUACAAGGUUCAGUCCACUUUGCAAACUGUAAUUUUCUAGUCUUUCUAGUUGCCAAUAAAAGCUUAAGCCUAAAGUAUAAAUGCUCAAAAAGCAAGGAUUAAAUGAAAAUAACCCAAAAUAUGUAUUUAAAAUGCUUGAGAGAAUCGGAUAUAUAUUUUUGAAUUCUUAGGCUGGCAAUCCCAUUUCUAUCCUUGAAGAGAAGGCCAAACAGCACAAUAAGUAAAUCAGAAAGAUGUUUAAUCACAAUAAGGAUUACCUCUUCCUGCCUUUAAAAAAAAAGGUUUUCUUGUUCCCUGGAAUUACAUUGAAUAAGCUCUCAAAUGCUUCUAUUCUUUGUUUGAUUACCUGAACAACAGUCUUUUCCUUUGUUGUUUAGCUUCUACAGCAUAUGUCAGUCAUAAAGUUUUUUAUACUUAAUUUUAGUAUGAAUCUUUUCUUGUUUUACUUAAUAUAAUGACUGAAAAACCUAAAUGGGAUGAUUAAAAUAAAUAUUGUUGGGAGAAAUUAGUUUUGUUGUAACUGAGUAACAAAAUUAGAAUAAAUUGAUUGAAAAUCA